AUAACCUGCUUAUCUAAUCCAUGAAAGUAAGUUGUAAUAGUAAUAGAAGCAAGGUUAGGGAAGUGAGUGGACAGCAGGGAAAGCAGUAGCAGUACAGUAUUUUGAUUGUUUGGAUACAAUCGUUGAAGCAAAGAUUAGUUGAGUAAACAAAGAUAUUACUUUCAUUAGGAAAAAUAAUAGGCCUAGCCUAAGCAAGGCUCCAGUAGAAAAACAUGUCAGUUAGAAGUGAUGCUGAUCAGACAAUUUUCUCCCAAUACGCCAGGGAAAUAGAAGAACAUUGGAAAAGCAAGGAAAUACAACGGCGAAAAUACAAUCAUGCUUCACCACAGCUCAAAUGUCGAAGGCAGUUGAUAGAGUGGCUCAUCCAUGUUUGUGAACAAAUCAAACUUAGUCACAAAACAGUCCAUCUUGGAGUUUUUUUACUUGAUAUGUUUAUGGACAAUCAUUCAAUUGACCCGGAUCGGCUUCAAUGUGUUGCUCUCGUGUGCAUAAUGUUAGCAGCAAAAUUUGAGGAAGUUGAGUACAAGGUACCAUCAAUAUCAGAAUUAAACAAAUUUGAUGGGUUUCGUUACAGGAACAAUGAUUUUAUGAAAAUUGAAGCUAUGGUUCUCUCUUUCCAUAACUUUGCAUUGGCCCAGCCAACUGUUGCACAUUUUGUAGAGUAUUAUGGCAUGUACACUGUCAGGUCUGUACCAGAAGAACUUAACAGCUUUAACACAUCUUUGAGACAAGUAGCAGAAAUUUCAUGUGCCAUCUUAGCAGAAUUGAUGGCCAUUUGUUUGAAGGCAUUAACUUUUGUUGGUCAUCCCCCAUCGAGAGUGGCAGCUGCCAUUGUGAUGGUUGCCAGGUGCCGCUUGGGACUCACUCCAGUGUGGACCCCAGAGUUACUAGAAGUGACACGCUACACAAAGGAGGCUAUCAUUCCAUAUGCCAACCUGGUGGUCAGAACAAUGCAUCGUGAUAGUUUGAUGAACACCAAACAUCUUCAGUCCCCUGACGAUGGCUACGUAUCACCUUAAACUUUGUCCUGUAGCAUGAAACACCAGUAGGCGUGAUAUUAAUUUUGAAAUAUGUACAGUAGAUAUUUUUUCAACUAGAGAAAUAUUUCAUUUCCUACAUUGUUGCAUUGGGAUUUACAUAUUGUCUGAGGUCACAACAUGCAAUGUUACAUUUUACGUUUAUCAUUUGUUACUAGCCACAUAUAAGAAAGAUCAAUGAUAGAAUUAGAAGAAAGAAGAUCUUGAUAUAAUUUUGAAAGAAGAUGGUAAAAAUAAUUUUAAUUUAAUAAGAGUAGAUAAAGUGGUACAUUAACAGAAUUUUGUUGUUGCUAAGUAAAUGUUUUGUUAAAGAGAAAAAUCACUUUACUAUGCUAUUUAAUGUUCUGUCACCAAUGAGUUUAUAGAAUAUAUUAUUAUUUAAAUUGUGUUAA